CUACCUACAACUCAUUCACCCUCAAACGCGCAGAGAGAAAGAGAGAGAGAGAGAGAGAGAGAGAGAGAGAGAGAGAGUGAAAGAGGACCCUAAUUCCGCAAACAGAACGAGAAGAUUCUCUCUCGCAGUCCCAGCAAUUCUUCUGGGAUUAUACUGUUAAAAUGGCCAAUAAUUCUCAGCCCCCUAGUAUGCAGUUUCGGCCAGUCAUUCAGGCCCAGCAAGGUCAGCCAUUUGCUCCAAUGGCUUCCCAACAAUUUGGACUUGCAGGACAUGCUAUUCCUUCUUCAAAUGUUGCAAUGCCUGUUGGUCAGAGUCCGCAAUUGCAGUAUUCACAACCAAUGCAGCAGUUGCCUCCAAGACAUAUUCAGCCUGGUCAACCUGCACCUUCGUCGCAGGUUAUACCUAUGCAAUAUAUCCAAACAAAUAGGCCCCCGACAUCCGUCCCACACACAUUCACAGCCAACUGUUCCCCACUUAAGCAGUCAUAUGCCCAGCUUGGCUGUUUCAGCAGCAACUUCUCAUUCUUCAUAUACUUUUCAACCACCGUAUAGUCAGCAGCAGGAUAAUGUUAAUGCAAUGGCUCAGUACCAGCCAUCGGGCCAAAUGCAUGCUCCUCCGGCUGGACAACCUUGGGUGUCCUCUGUUUCUCAGAGUGCUGCAACUGUUACACCAGUGCAACAGGCUGGAGUGCAAUCAUCUGGUACUCCGUCAACUGAUUCUGCAACAAGUGCCCCUAACCAGCAGUCAGCAUCUGAUUGGCAAGAGCAUACUGCAGCUGAUGACAGAAGAUAUUACUACAACAAGAGGACAAGGCAAUCUAGUUGGGAGAAACCAUUGGAACUGAUGUCACCUAUUGAGAGGGCUGAUGCAUCAACUGUUUGGAAAGAAUUCACAUCUUCAGAUGGAAGAAAGUAUUAUUACAACAAGGUUACUCAGCAAUCAACAUGGUCAAUACCAGAGGAACUUAAGUUGGCUCGUGAAUUGGCGCUGAAAGCUGCCAACCAGGGAAUGCAGUUAGAAACAAGUGAUACAUCCAAUACUGCUGUUUCAUCUGCUGCACCAUCAACAGUGACAAAUACUGCUAGCUCAAACACUCCUUUGACAUCAAAUGGGCUUUCUUCAAGUCCAGCUUCUGUCACACCAAUUGCAUCAUCAACUGGUCCUCAGCAGUUGGUUUCUGGAUUAUCAAGUGGUGGGACUGAACUGAGUACUGUGGUAACUGCGUCAACGACAGUAGCUGGACCUGCAAAUCCUCUUGACACCACUACACCGUCCAGUGUUGAAAAUCAAGCAUCUCAGGAUUUUGCUGCAUCUACCGGUGGAGCUUCUGUUCAAGAUAUAGAGGAAACCAAAAAAGGAGUGCCAGUUGCUGGAAAAGUUAAUGUGACUCUGCCGGAGGAGAAAGCAAAUGAUAAAGAAACCUUUGCAUAUGCAAAUAAGAUGGAAGCAAAAAUUGCAUUUAAGGCACUAUUGGAGUCUGCUAAUGUUCAGUCUGAUUGGACAUGGGAACAGGCGAUGAGAGAAAUAAUCAAUGACAAAAGAUACAAUGCUCUAAAAACACUUGGUGAGCGGAAACAAGCUUUUAAUGAGUAUUUGGGCCAAAGGAAGAAGCUAGAGGCUGAAGAGAGACGCAUGAAGCAGAAAAAAGCUCGAGAAGAAUUCACAAAGAUGCUGGAAGAGUGCAAGGAGCUAACUUCAUCCAUGAGAUUGAGCAAAGCAAUCAAUAUGUUUGAAAAAGAUUUAUUUGAGAGCUACAUGGUGGAACUCGAGAGAAAGGAAAAGGAAAAUGCUGCUGAGGAACACAGACGGAAUUUAGCAGAAUACAGGAAAUUCUUGGAGUCAUGUGAUUAUGUGAAGGUUCACAGUCCAUGGCGAAAAGUCCAAGAUCGGUUAGAGGACGAUGAUAGAUAUUUACGGCUUGAAAAAAUUGACCGCUUGCUUGUUUUCCAGGACUAUAUUCGUGAAUUGGAAAAGGAAGAAGAGGAGCAAAAACGAGUACAGAAGGAGCGAGUUCGUCGUGGUGAAAGGAAAAAUCGUGAUGCAUUCCGCAAGUUGUUGGAAGAACAUGUUGCUGCUGGAAUUCUUAAUGCUAAAACUCAAUGGAGAGAAUACUGCUUGAAGGUUAGGGAUUUGCCUCAAUAUCAAGCUGUCGCAUCAAACACAUCUGGUUCCACUCCUAAGGAUUUGUUUGAGGAUGUAGUAGAAGAUCUUGAAAAUCAGUACCAUGAAGACAAGACACUGGUAAAAGAUAUAAUUAAGUCAGGCAAGAUCACUGUAGUGUCCACUUCGGUGUUUGAGGAAUUCAAGGCUGCUAUCUUGGAAGAAGGUAGUUGCGAAACAAUAUCAGAGAUCAAUUUGAAGCUUAUAUUCGAAGACUUGUUAGAGAGAGCUAAAGAGAAAGAGGAGAAAGAAGCUAAGAAGCGCCAGCGCCUUGCUGAUGACUUAACUAACCUGUUAUAUACAUUCAAGGAUAUUACUACAUCUUCAACUUGGGAGGAUUGCAAGCCACUUGUUGAGGAGACACAAGAGUACAGAUCAAUGGGGGAUGAAAACUACAGUAGAGAAGUAUUUGAGGAGUACAUUACAUACCUAAAGGAAAAAGCUAAAGAGAAGGAACGCAAGCGUGAAGAGGAAAAGGCCAGAAAGGAGAAAGAGAGAGAAGAGAAAGAGAAACGGAAGGAGAAGGAAAAGGAAAAAAAAGAGAAGGAUAGAGAACGCGAGAAAGAAAAGUCUAAAGAUCGGCAUAAGAAGGACGACACAGAUAGUGAAAACCAAGAUAUUGAAGGCCAUGGUUUCAAGGAAGAGAAGAAAAAAGACAAAGAUAAGGAAAGGAAACACAGGAAGAGGCGACACAGCAGUGUAGAGGAUGUGGAUUCCGAGAGGGAUGAAAAAGAAGAGUCUAAGAAAUCACGAAAGCACGGCAGCGACCGAAAGAAAUAUCUCGAAAGCAUGCAAACUCUCCAGAAUCAGACAAUGAAACCCGGCAUAGAAGACACAAGAGGGAGCACCGUGAUGGUUCCCGGAAAACCGGGGGCCAUGAAGAACUUGAAGACGGGGAACUCGGUGAUGAUGCAGAGAUUUAGACGCUAGGUUGCUAACCUUUUUGCAGUUAUGAGAUUCAGAACUUUGCCUGCAUCCUUUCAAGACUUGGGUUGUCUAAUAUUAGUUUAGUUCUUUUAAACUCCCCUUUUCUUGGGGAACAUUUAUGUUUAGGAUAUUUGACUUAAAAUGUAAAAUAAUUAGAAUCUGUUGGUUCUCCUUGGAUUUAUCAAUUAACAAUAACAUGUCCACUUUGUACGAA